AUGAACAACAUUUCGAUAAACGGAGACCCAGCUUAUCUGAACUACAAAUUUGAUCCGUAUACUAUUCCAACACUGGCUGCUAUCAUUCCACUGUUCUAUGUGACUCCAACGAUAGUGAUUGUGGGAAAGAUAUUGAAAGUUUAUUUUCGGAAUUUGUUCUGGAAGAAAGAUGAAGCAAUCAAUCCGCAUGUGUUCACUCUAAUUGUGAUUCAAUUGGUUAUGAGUUUCUUCUAUAUGUCCACCGACUAUACCACUAUCCGAAUUCCGUCCACUGGGAUCAUCACUAACUGGUGUGCUUCUGUACAACCUAAUCACUUCAUCAAAACCCUCUUCCUUCUAUCCGGAUAUUUUAAUUACACAGCCAUGUUGUUCCCAUUUGUACUUUCCUUGUUGAGACUUAUUCCUGUUUAUUAUCCAGUUCGAGUUGAUGAGAUCUGCGCCAAGGUUGUCCGCAUCUCUGUUCCCUUUAUAUUCAUCUAUCCUCUUUUAUUUUGUUUCCCUUUGAUACCCGCUCUUGGAGACUGUCGUCCACUUCUGGGAACAUAUCAGUUUGGUGCGAUCUACUUUCACUGGAGAGGCUCGUGGUUUGGUUGGCGCCUGGCUGAAACUCUCAUUUUGAACUCAUUCUUCUGGUUGUCUGGAUGCAUGAUUGCAAAUUUUCUUCUAUACAAAAACUUGAAACAACUACAACACACAAGGGAGAGCAUUAAAAUAAAGAAGGCCGAACGUUCCCUGACACUCAUCACUAUUUCAAUGUUCCCGGCGUAUAUUACUAAUUUGGCGCUCUUGUUCGUCUUCAUCUUCUGGCCAACUGCAUCUGCCUACCUGCUAGCACUGCGACCCUAUGGAAGUGACUGUGACUUUGUUGUUGUCCCUUGGAUCUUCUACAUGACACAUCCAAUUUUUAAAACAAAAAGAUUGAUUCCAACGGAUGCAGUGAGAGUUCAUGUGACUAAUUCGAGUCUUUGA